CGUGCCUCUUUGCAACUGCCAACCAUGUCGCUCUUCAACCAUCUGAUAUACUAUGCUCUGAUCUCAGAGAUCGUUAUUUUCAUACUGCUGCUCGUGCCGCUCAACUUUGUGCCUCUUAAGACUCGCAAGUACAUCUUCGAGACCGUCAGCCAGAUCGUCCAACACGAAUACAUCGUUUGGGCAGGCCGCCUAUUCCUCGUCAUCGUCGGUGGUGUCUUUGUCGAUACCAUCAACCGCCUCUACCGGCUCGAGCACGAUCACGCUCACAACCACGAUCAUUCUGCCCACGAACACAACGCUCUCGCCCGCGAGGCCUAUUACGAUGAAAAAAUCAAAAAGCUCUACAACCAGCGGAAUAUGUACAUGAGCCUCUUCUCUCUCUUUAUGGUUUUGGUUCUCUAUCGCCGACUCAAGGAUAUCUACGAGCAUAUCCUCAACCAGCAGCGCAUUCGAGCCCUCACCGACGCCGCCAAAGCCGCAGAAUCGACUCAAGGCUCCAGCGCCACCACCUCCUCCAAUUUGAAAGACAUUCCGUUGACCGAGCGCGUCGAGUCAUCCACCGCGGCCGAGUCCAGUGGCCUGCGAAAGCGGACGGCCAGCUAACGGUUGCAACUUGCUCACAAGCACAAUGGACUUGCCUAUCGCUCCGCACUCGUGAGGCAGCGAUAUGGGAUGACGGUGGAGUCUCUCGUGGCUCAUCUUAUCCCUGUGCUGCCUUGGCUCUGAGCUGGGUGUCUCCGAUGCAUUGUGCAUCGUGUCAAUAAACAGUUUACGAUUUCGA